AUGGUAGGUAAGAGGAGACGCGGAUUUUUUUACGCCUUUUUUGGCGGCUAUUGGUCGAGUUGGUAUCCGAACGCUAAGCCGUGGAUCAGCUACAAGGCCUGGUGGGGUCAGCCCACGGGCUCCAUGAAGUUUGGCGCCACAAUGCAUAACGGCGAUAUCAAUAAUCCACUCGUUCUCGGCUUCGAUGGAUCGCAAGUGCACACAUACGCCAGCACUGGUACACUCUUAGAAGUGAGAAACACAACACUCGUGAACGAGACGGAGGAGAAGUGGCCAAAAGACAUCACCGCCGCCAUGAGAAUGGCAGACAAUACGGUAUAUCUAUUCCGGGGCGAGAACGCCGGUGAAGACAUUGGGAGUGAACUAUUGGAAGCAGUGUUGACUCGACCCGGAAGUGUCCUCAUUGUAUCUAAAAAGAUAUUAUCAACAAAUGGUACCACAAAUGGCACUUCUGGUGGCGUCCGGGCCAUAAGAUUUGAUGGAGAACUGAUCCAUCGAUACAAAGAAGUGAACAACACAUUUGUGAGGGAAAGUAAUUCCCCGCAACAUUACGCCGACACUCGUGAACACAUUCCGGCCAACAUUACCGGCGCUUUCAUCGGUCCCGACAAAGACAUCUACUUCUUCAGAGGUAAUCAAUUCUGUAAACGAUCGCUAAUUCUUCGGCAAAAUGUCACCAAUAAUGGGCAACUCUUUGGCUGCAACGCCGGUGUUAUCAAGAAUAAGGAUAUCUGUGCGAACUCGACGGUUGAGGGCGUGUUGUCUAAUAAGUUGGACCCCUCGGGGAGGGAGAAGUUUAUAUUCAAAGGCACUUCCCGUUGGCUGUUGACUAUCGGCGCCGACUAUAUAACCGGCAAAUUGACGUUGGAUGAAGUAUUUGGGACUAAAGUCGGUAAUAAUAAGCCUAACAUUCAAUCAUCGCAUUCAUCGGAUGUAAAGACCAAAUCAGAUGAAACCGAUGAUAACGACUAA